GCACGACGUGCUCCACUAGAGAAAAAAAUACUAGAAAGAAAACAGGGGAAAAUCUUGGAAAAUUUCUCGUCGUCUUGCCAUUUGGCGCGGGUCAAAAUACCAAAUUUAAAAGACAUUUUUCAAAUCAUAAAGAAAAGAAAAUAAGAACCAUUCCUGCUAUGCACUGAGAACAAAAAGGAAACAAUGUGAGAGGCGAAAAAGAAACCAAGAAAAACAGCAAAAGAAGUCUAUAGAAAAAUACUUAAAUAUAUAUGGAUCCAUAAACAAACCGAUUUAUAUAUAUUCGAGUCGGGCAUUUGAUUGAUUUGUGGCAACUAUCAAACAACAAACCAAACAAAAAAAAAAAAAAUCAACAAAAACAACAAGGACAACAACAACCGCAGCUACAACCACAACAACAACGACUGCGGAUGUCGCUCCGCUUAACCCCACUUUGCCUAACCCAGUCACCGCCGCAAACAUGUAGAUGUCCAACAUGCCACUAAGUCCACUAACACCAGCUAGCGAUAAUUAAAGGCCAGCCUCUAGAGAGGAUCGGGAGGAGCAGCGACGAGGAGCAACUAGCCGCUCCGGCAGGACCCAAGUAAAUACACUGAGAGAAACGAGAUGGCCGGGCCGCAGGUGCAGCACAGCCAGCGACCCAACAGCGCCUACUAUACGGGUCUGAAUGGUGGUUCCUCCGGCGGCGGCGGAGGAGGCGGUGCCUCCGGCGGUGGAUCCUCUGGCGGCUUGACCAGCAGUGCAUCGCACACCGGCCUGCAUGCCCUGCGCCAGGUGAGCAACGAGACGGAGCUGAUCUAUCGGGGCAGCCACAGCAAUGGCACCGUCAACGAGCUGCCCUCCACCGCCCAGCACCACCUGCUCACGGGUCGUGGCCCACAGCAGGCGGGCCAGCAGGGCCACCACCAGACGGUGAGCAGCAUUGCCGGCACCGGGUCAAGUGUCACGGAUGCCCUCAUCGGCACCAUCACCUCGGGGGGCGGUGGAGGUGGGGGCAAUCCCGCCGGCAGCAGUUGCUCUACGGCGGCCCUGGGCAUCAAAAAGUCCAGCACACAGCGCAGCAUCGAGAUCAUCGUGGACGCCAGCCAGUGCGGCAAGGAGCUGGUGGCCAGUGGCCCGCAGGCAGGCGGAUCGGGCGGCGGAGCCGCCAUCGUCUCCACCCUGGACAUGGAGGAUGUGGAGCAGGGCGGCGGCGGCCAGGAGUCCUCCUCCUCGCACCGCAAAUCCUCGCGACACCGCCACCGGCCGCUCCACCGGCGGCUGAUCACCUAUCUGCGGAACCUCUUCCAGGGCAGCACCACCCAGAAUGAUUCCGAGCUGGAGGAGUUCGAGACGCCGGCAAGGUACAGGCCCGACUCGCUAAGUGCGCUGAGCCGCGCCACGCGCUUCACGGAGGACGAGAUCAAACGAAUUUACCGGGGAUUUAAGGCUGAGUGCCCGACGGGCGUCGUCAAGGAGGACACCUUCAAAGUGAUCUACUCGCAGUUCUUUCCACAGGGAGCCAAUCCAACCUUAUACGCGCACUAUGUAUUUAAUACACUGGAUCAGGAUCACAGCGGCAUUGUCAGCUUCGAGGACUUUGUUCAAGGACUUUCGAUACUGUCGCGCGGCUCCGUGGAGGAGAAGCUGCGCUGGACCUUCUCGCUGUACGACAUCAAUGGCGACGGCUUCAUUACGAGGGAGGAAAUGACUGACAUUGUAACUGCCAUAUACGAGCUGAUGGGCCGCCUGCCCGACGAGUGUCCCGAGGAGGAGAAGAUCAAGGGCAAGGUGGAGCAGAUCUUCCAGAAAAUGGACACCAAUCGCGAUGGCGUGGUCACGCUGGAGGAGUUCCUGGAGGCCUGUCGCAACGACGACGCCAUCUCCCGGUCGAUGUCCUACACGGUGCCCCGGCGGCGGCGCCAUCAGCAGCCGGCCCAGCAGCCACGUCAGCAUCUGCAGCAUCAGCAGGAGCAGCCAGAGAAACGUAAGUCCAACCACAAGACGAAGAACAAGCAACAGCAAAACCAGCAACAGAAACAACCACAUAGCACUAGACAUCAAAACUGUUGUCACAUAAUCGACAUGGAUGGCGAUAGCACCACCAGCACCACCACCGCCUCGGCGGCCACCGGAACCACACUCAAUUGCAAUGUCCUGGAUGAAUACGAGCGGGAGCGGGAGCAGGAGCAGGAGGACGAUGGGGAUGAGGACUCCGAUGAGGAGGCGGAGUACAGAACCUUUGUCUGCCGCCACUGCCAGAGGCCGCAGUCGGUGGGUCAGCAGCCGAGAUCAGGCCGUCGAUCGCAAUCGCAGUCCAAGUCGCGCAAGCGCAGCAAGAGCAGGAAGCGCCACCAGAGCAGGCAGGCCCAUGCGGGGCAGCAGGGUCAUCACGGCCAGCAGACCACCAGGUGGCCGGAAAUCAAUGUGGCCAACGAGCAGGCCAUCCGCUUCCGGUGUCCGCAGGUGGGGCCGCAGGUGGGUCGCGACCUUCACACCCCCCAGCCCAUGCACUUCCACCACCCCCAGUCGCAGAGCCAGAAGGCCAAGAACAGGUCCCGCCCGCGGAAGUUCCGCCCAUCCCCGGCAGCCCAGCCUGCCUCUGCCUCUGCACCACCUGCCCCACCAGCAGAGCCAGCUUCACAGCCGCCCCCGAGCUGCGAACUCCGCGCCCCCCUGCCGCCCCUGAACGUCAUCGUGGGCGGAGGGGCGGACGCCGAGGUCGAGGUCAAUCCGCAGCAGCCUCAGCCGCCCACCACCCCCGAUUCGCCGUCGCUGGUCACCGUGAGCACCUGGUACACGGUGGCCAAGCAGGGUGUCUCCUGCUAAUCGCGGUGAGCAGUGAGUAUCCUUGCCAGCACCACCCAACCAACCAGCCACCUUGCACCCCAGUCAAAACCACAGUCCUCCCUUGAAAUAAACACGGCGAUGCCACUGAUAUCUCUGGACUAGCUCAGAACCACUUACAAAUGUGUCUGAAAGUAUGCUUCAACAUUAACACUUUUGAUCCAAAAGAUGUCGUAGCCCACUUUCGAGCGACUUGAAAAAUGAUUUCAAGUCCCUAGAGAUUUAUGUGGCAGUCCCUAUAAAAGCGCUUUCCCCUCUUGGUGUUUCAAUAUAUGUAUACAAUAUAUAUAUUUUGUGCUAUUAUGAAUUAUAUGUGUGUGUUCUAGGGUGGAUCUCUCAAAAAUCAAAAUUGGCAAACUUAAGUAAAAAUAAAUACAUAGGGAUGUGUACAAUAACAAAUAAAGAAGAACACAUUAAUUUUUCUUAAAAUAAUUCGAUUUUACCAUUAGUCAGCGGUUCUAAUAGGGGGAAAAAACAAAUUUUCCUACCAAAAAAUUGUAAAUACAUUUUUUAAGGCAAUGAUUUUCAUAAAAAGAACCAAAGGUACCACGUCCAAAAGAUAUGAAAAAUAAACAUAAUACAAAAUAAAGCAACCUUUCAAAUUAAAAACCCGGGAUCCACCCUACUGUAUAUGUGCUUUAAGUUCCCGAUUUGCCCUAUUAUUUGUACUAUAAUUCGCUAAAUGAAGUUUAUAAAAAAUAAUUGAAAACGUUCUCUGUGUGUAUCGAUUGAUGUUGCAAACUGUCAAAUGUGUUAUAGUCUUAAAUACAUAUAAAUCUAUAGAAAAUGUAAGUGAAAAUGAACCAAAAAUGAAAAUAUAUGAAAAGCAUUCAAACAUUUACUUUAUGUUUCUUUGACCUCUAUUAUUUGUGCCCAGAAAAGUCUUCUUAGAACUGUUGUUAGAUGUCCUAGAGUUAUAUAUAAAUUGACGUUAGCUGUGAUGGAAAAACAAAGUAUAUUAAACCACAAAAAGAACUUUAAUAUUAAUUGUAAAAACGAAAUUGCAGGGUUUGUGGGAGAACAUUGCUCAAACGAUAAAUGCUUGCUAAAGACUAAGCUUAAAGUGCGUGGGUGUGUGUUUGGAUAUGUGUGCACAGGGAGAUCUUGAGAGAAAGCAUUUUAAGAAAAGUAAUUUUAACUAUUUUGAGAGCCUCACUUUGGGCUUUUCCAUGAAAGUAUUCUUGCUGAAAAUUAACGUAGUAAAAGCAGAAAAUUGAAUUGCUGCCGUUACUUUAAUUGAAUUCUGUAAAAUACUCAAAAAUCAUAUUGAAUAAAACAAAUAUGCAGAUUAAUGAACAGGCCAAUUUCAGUCGAUAAAGUAUUUAGCUUUAACAAAAACACCGAUGUCAUUGAAAUGCAAAUUGAAUACCGAAUUCGCCUAGGCCAAAAAAGAGGCGACAAAUAAAUCAAAUAAAACGGGGCAAAAAAUGUAGGAGCAGGGUUUUUUGUUUUAAUUUAAAGCAGCUUUCUACUUAAUUGGAUAAAUGCAAAAGGCUGCCAUUAAAAUCCAUUCGAUUUCCCAUUAUUUCUUAUCGAAAUUCGUGGUCUUCGAAAAUUGUUGUGAAGUUUGCUGAGCGUUAAAUUUUUUGCUAGCUGUUAUUGCUUGACAUGCUUUUGUUGUUGUUUUCAUUAUGCCACAUUGGACACACCAAGGAGACACACGCACACUGGCACACGCGUACACACACACACGGGCACACGCACACAACAAGACAAAACAAGGAUGCAAACGCAUGGGAAUUGAAAUUCGUGAAUGGCAAUUAAAAUAUCUGCUUUCUUUCUCUUUCUCUCUCUUUCCCUUUCUCUCUCUCUCUCUCUUUCUCUUCCUAUCUCUUUCAUCUCGGCCUGCACACACACACACACACGCUUGAAUAAACACCCACACACGUGCAGAAAUUUGCAUAGAAACUAAAUGAAAUGCGUAGCGAGAAAGACAACACGAAUCUGCCAAAAUAAAAAUCUAGGCACCGCAUGUCCAUAAAUAUGCAAUUAUGGAUGUGUUUGUGCAACUGUGAAAAUAACGAGAAUGUGCGGAAAAAUUGUAAAGGCCAACGACAACUCGAUUUUAUCGGCAUUAUCGGCAGGGUUGCAUUUAAAGGGCUGCAAGCAGUGCAGCGCUGCUCUCAAGUGUAAGUACACCUCGGCACCGGAAGUGCCACUGCUUGCCCAAAGAAAUCACAAAAAUUGACAUUGAAAAUUGAAAAUGUACGAAACGAAAGCUUUACACAAUGAAACUAAACUAAAAAAGAAACCAAAACUAAAAUAUAUCCUUAACGAUUUAAUGAAACAUAUAUAGAGAGAAAUUUAAAUUACACAGAAACUAUAUUUAUACGAACGGGAAAUAGCAAGGAAAAAUACUAAGUACAUUUGAUUGGAACCAGAUUGACUUUCUAUUUGAAAAAAAUAUAUGUAAACACACGCCACACACACGCACACAUUGUACACACAAGAAAAUGUCAGUAGGUAAAUAAAUGUGUAAAUCAAAAUAAUAGCCACAAAUACGAGGAGCAAUGAGAAGGAGAUUUGGAGAAGUGCUCCCCCGGGCGUAUGCGUAAUGCUGAGUGUUUUGUUUCCACGCAUCCUUGUUGCCGCAUAUUCUCCAUUAGCAAAUUAGUGACAAUGAUGGAAUGUCAUCAAGUCGGCCGGCUACAUGUAUACUAUAUAUAUCUGGUGUGUGUGUGUGCCUGCUGUGUGUGCGAGUGUGCAAGCUAAAUCAAAUAAAAACAAAUGUUUGAAUCAGAAAUUGGACCACAGCAAACAAACAAGUAGCAUAAACCGAUAUCCGCUGUAUAUGCAUAUUAUAUUUACAUAUAUAUACACAAGAAUAUAUAUAUAUAUAUAUAUAUAUAUUGAGAUAUGUGUAUAGAUAUAUACAAGGCAUACAGUAUUUAUCAAGUGCAUAGGUGUGUAAUUGUAAUUUUUUGUAGCUAGAACUAAGGGACACCAGGAACACAAGGAGAGAACUAUUAGAAAUAGAUAAAUGGAAACUGGUUAAUUGGACAUCUCGUUGUACAUAGUUAGUGAGUGGGUUUUCUUCGCCGUUAAACCAACUACAAAUCUUUCUCUAUAUUAAACUCUAAACUCAAAGUAAUUGUUGCAUUUUUAAACCCUUUUAAAAUACAUAGCUGUGUACUUAGCCGUAGUCUUCCAGAAGUAACCGACAACAAAAAAUCGAAACAAGGCGGGAGGCUGACAAAAACUCUAUUCCACUUAGAUUGAAACCUGUAGCGAAAUUUGUACCUUAGCCGAAACACCCACAAAAAGCUUUCAACUACAAUAAAACUUCCUCUUAAUAGACGAACAAAAACCGAGUCCAAUGAACGAAAAACCCAUAUACUAUACAAAACUGUUGCUGUCGUAGUUUGAGACGAACUGUAUUAUUUUUGGAUAAAUGUUAUCGAUUCUCUGCCCACUUCCAAGGUUAUUCAAUGUUAGAUCCCUCGAACUAUUGGUUUCCCACGGCGUGUAUAGAGUAUAUACGAUCGAUCUGAUCUUGGGCACGACAAUAUCGAAAAGGAGCCACAGAAGUGCUAUAUAGCAGGCAUAUAUAAUAACCUCCCACCCCAGACUAACACACACAUCCCCCUCUAUCUCUCUCUCUCUCUCUCUAGCUAUCUCUAUCUCUCUCUACUUAUCUGUGUGUGAAUUAGCAAUCAAAUACUAAUGCAAAAAAUCUAUUUCAAAAACAAAGUGUCAAAUUUUCAAGAAAAAAACAUAACGAACUACAGAAAACCAAAGGAAAAGUUGGCAAAGUGACAGAGACGAGAGGUGAGGAAAAUUGAAAAUGGAAAAUUGAUAAAUUGGAGGAUUGCCAACCUAGUUGCAAGUAUUUUCCAGGCCUAAGCCUUAACGAUUAGAGAAACGCAAGUAAUUGUAAACACAAAGAAAUAUAUGCAUAUAGAGUGUGUGUUUUUUCCUAAUUUAUAAGCUGUUGAAAUCAAAUUUUACCAAUGAAAGUAAGUAUUAAAUAACAACAAGAAGAAGUAUUGACGACAAAAAAACUCUCGUUUUAGAGAACCACUUGAAUUUUCAGUUGUUAAUGUAAAAACUGUAUUAGCCAUUUAUUUGUGAGCGAUAUACUAUGUGUUAAAAUGAGAUAAGCUAAAAAAAUAUUUAAAAAAAGAUAUAAAAGAGCAGAAAAUACAUGUCAUAGCAUAGGCCUAAGAGCGACAUUUAUUGGGGGACUCCGAAAGGCCUGCGGAAGUAUAUCAAAAUAUAAAACCGAAUUGUUAUCGGACGAACGACGUUUUUAAGCCACUAAGAGAAUUUCCAGUGUUAUCAAUCGAUCGAUGUACAUCUUCUGGGCCAAACGAUUGAGCCACGUUAUAAACACAAUUACAAAUUGAUAAACUUACGAGUAUAUACACAGAUAUACUAAUGUACUAGUCGUAAAUAUAGCUGAUCUUUUUUGGUGUAAAUUUUAAAUGAUAAAACCAAACGAACAAACUUUCCAUGCAAUAAAAACAAACACAUUGUUUCAAAACUAAUGAGAUGUCGUUUAAAUGCAAAACUGCAUGAACCAAAAAACAAGCAAAACCAAAACCAAAAAUGAGCAUGAAAACAUUUAAUUAAAAAGAACAAAUAUUUUUUUUGUGAAGUUAAAAUAUGUAUAAAACAAAAAUUAAAGGUAUAAAGAAAAUAAAAAACCAAAGAAAUAUAUAAAA